AUGGAAUACGUCAACCUUGGUAGCUCAGGUCUCAAAAUAUCGAAGGUCAUCCUUGGAUGCAUGUCUUUCGGCGAUAAGGAAUGGGCUGAAUGGCUCCUUCAAGAAGAAGAGGCCCUGAAGAUCUUUGAGUAUGCAUACAAAGCUGGUAUCAAUACUUGGGAUACGGCAGACGUGUAUAGCAACGGAGCCUCUGAGGAGAUUGUCGGAAAGGCUUUGACGAAGCUCAACAUUCGCCGUGAAAGUGUCGUCAUUAUGACCAAGUGUCAUUUCUUAGUGGACGACCCAAAGAAGCCGCCCACGGUGAUGAACACCAAUGAUGGCCCUCAUGUAAACCGUGUUGGUCUUUCGCGCAAACACAUUUUUGAUGCUGUCGAAGCGAGUGUCAAGCGCCUCGGCACCUACAUUGAUGUGCUUCAAAUUCAUCGUCUCGAUAAGGCGACGCCGGCGGAGGAGAUAAUGCGUGCGCUCAACGAUGUGAUUGAAAAGGGUUGGGUGCGCUACAUUGGUGCUAGCUCCAUGCCUGCAUGGCAAUUCCAGCGCCUGCAAAACACGGCAGAGAAGCACGGCUGGUUCAAGUUCAUUUCGAUGCAGGACCUGUACAACCUGAUAUAUCGCGAAGAAGAGCGCGAGAUGAUUCCGUACUGCAAUGCAACAGGCGUCGGUAUCAUUCCGUGGUUCGCCGUGGCCGCUGGUGUCUUGACCCGUCCUUGGAGUGAUGAAUCAUCCAAGCGUGCACAAACUGACUCGUUUGCCAAGCAGAUCGUCCACUCAAACUCAACUGAGAAUGAUAAAGCGAUUGUAAGCCGUUUGGAAGAGGUUGCUCAGAAAAAAAGUGUGCCUAUGGCUCAAGUUGCUAUUGCAUGGCUGCUCUCGAAAGGCGCGAACCCGAUUCUUGGUCUCACAAAGCCUCAGCGCAUUGACGAAGCUGUUGCUGCGCUCAAAGUGAAGCUCACAGAGGAGGAAAUCAAAUACCUCGAGGAGCCGUACGUGCCUAAGCCGGUGAUUGGCUAUGAGCAGUAA